AAUGUUCGUAUUCUUAAUUUAAUUUCACUUUUUCUCUUUCUGAAGUGUUCCUGCUUCGAAGUGCUUUCCAGUUCGAAGUUGUUAUCUUCUAAUAAGCUGUGUGGUUCUCCACUUACUCUCCUUGUCAAUCCUGUUGGCCAGUUAGCCAUACCCCGACUGCCACAACGUUGUUUGAUCAGAGACGACUACUCUCUUACUGUUGCCACUAGUUACUGCUGGCGUUGGCAUCAAAAUGAAUCCUGAAUCGCGGACGGUUACCCUACAGGACGAACCUGCCUCCAGCGUCCUCGGACGCCUGAAAGAGACUUUAAGCAGCGGAGAAUUUAGUGAUGGGCAGUUCGCCGUUGGACGCCAGUUUUGUCCAGUGAAGAUCUUCCAAGCUCACACGUAAUGCUUCCCCUCGCAAUGACUCGUUGAUGGGGAUGGAUUUAGAACCGAGCUGUUUGCCCGAACGCUGCGACGGUCCCAUCGAGAUCGCGGAUUUUAUCCCCGAAGCAUUUGCCAAUUUGCUCAGUUACAUGUACACGGACACAGCGGAGAACCUGAACGCAGUCAACGUUUUCCACACGAUGAACUGCGCAGACAAGUACGACUUUGCGCCGUUGGUACAGGUGUGUCUGGAGAUGAUCUACAGCCAGUUGAGCAUCGACAACUGCUUAUCCGUUUUGGAACAGGCGCUUCACUGGCUUGCUGACGGUAUCGUGGAGAAGUGUUUUAAUUUUCUGGAUAAGGAGAGUCUGGUGGUUUUGCAAUCGCCAACAUUUGCUGCCAUCAGUAAGGACCUGCUGAAGACAAUUUUGCUGCGCGAAACCUUGUCCGCUGAGGAGUGUGACAUUUAUUUGGCUGUUGAAAAAUGGGGCCAGGAAGCUUGUUUUCGCGAGGACAUGGAACCAUCCGCCGCUUACCGGCGAGAGAUGCUCGGCUCCGCGUUGAACCUGCUGCGGUUCCCUCUAAUGACCAGCGGGCAACUGGCUGAUGGGCCCGCACAGAGCGGCCUACUGACCGAAUCGGAAUUAUACCGCUUGUUUGUGUACCAGAAUGCCGCAGUCAAACCCGAUGUCCCGUUUCCCACACAGCGUCGAACCGGCCAAAUGAAAUGAAAUGUUGAGCGCGGGAGAUGAAAUAUUUGUGCAAAGCCCUGUCGCAGAGUACUGGUAUGCAGCCAGAUUAACCGCGGUGCAGAAUGGGUUCGUCUUGUGCACCUGGUGCUACAGCGGCAGGGAAGGCGUUGAGCGGACUGACAAGGUAGUUCGUGCUCUCGACAUCCUGGUAAAAGAUCAGCGCGUAUGUAUCGACGCUUUUGGAACCUAUGGGAAGUACGUCCGUGUGGAGAAGGAUGGACAGCAUCGGGUUGAUUUGGGCGGAGGGGAUCGGUUGGUUGCGUUUGCUGAACUGAUGAUUGCUGAUCGUCAUGUUGCCGCAGGGAGGGCUGACCGUUAAAAAGUACAUCAAGAAUGAUUGGGCCAUUGCCUUAUCCCAUUGAUUUGGCCAUUGCCUUGUUUUAGUUUGCAACUGCGACGGCAUGUGCAUGCCUGUGAAGAAAAGUUUGGAUUCUUUACCUUCUUUUUCUGUCUCUGUCAGUGGUUGUUUGUGGUUCAGCUGUCACUGUCGGCAUUCGUGGUUUAAACAAAAUUUUCGAUACA